AUGGCUUACAAGAAAACAGAAAUGACAAAAAUAGAUCAAGAAAGAAUAAUUUACGCCAGAGAAAUGAAGGAUUCAGAUCAAGUAAUGGAUAUGUUUUGUGAAUCUUGUUUUGAAGAUGGUACUGAAAAUGUUCCUGCAGUGGGAUUUUGUGUGGACUGUGUAACAUUCUUCUGCAAAACAUGCCUAAAAUUCCACACAAAGUUUCGACGAGAUCAUGUUCAACAAAGUCACAAUGAGAUGCCAAAGCAUUUCUGCCAGGAAAAAUGUAAAAUCCAUAAGAAUGAAAUUGUAAAAUAUUACUGUAAGAAGUGUGACUGCUUUGCUUGUUCAACUUGUAAGAUAAAUGACCAUAAAGAAUGUGCAUCAUUGCAAUAUGUUCCAACAUUACUGAGUGAGUUUGAAGAGAAAAGAGAACAUGAAAACUUUGAGGACAUGCUGAAAGCUGUUGAAGAAAAACUACAAAGUACCAAAUUUGUCAUUAAACAAGGAUAUGGCCGAGUGGAGCAGAUUAAAGAAGAAACGAGAUCAGUAAUUCAAGAAUAUAAAGAUAACACUGCUAAACUGUUUGAUGAUCUAGAAAGAGAAGUGGUCACUGACAUUGACAAAAUUGGGUCUGAAGAUAAGAAAAAUCUUGAUGAAAAUUCUAAAAAACUGUCUGAAUUGGAAUCAACUUUUCAAGUUAUUAAAUCUGAAAAUGAAAGCAAGAAACUGACCAACCAGAGAUGCAAAAUAUUAAUUAUGGUCAAAAGUUGUAACAACAAGGUCAUAUCGAUAAAAAAUAGUCUUGAGGAUUUGAGCCAUGAAACUGGAAUACAUGAAGUAAGUUAUGAACCAGCAAACGUAUUAAAAACAACUGGUGAUUUCGGAAAACUUAACAUCACUAAGCCUAGAACGAACAUAAACUUGGGGCGCAUUUCUGAAAACACGACACAAACUGAAAGAAAUCAAACAAAAUAUGGAAUCUGUUUAUGGGUUAUGGGUUUAGUAAUUGUAAUUGCAGCAAUAAUUUAUGGAAACAUUUACUACAGUAGAUUUAACUUAGAAAAUGUACCAGCAUUCAAUGCUGAAAAAUCAAAAGAAAUCCAUACAUCUGUAAUUAGAGAGGAACCAAUAAUCAUUUCAAAAGCUGACAUAAACACAAAUAUAAAGUCUACACCCCGUCUCUUCAAUCUUCUUCAUUUGUGCAAAAACUACCUUAUUGCAGAAGAUAUCAACAAUCACCUGUUGGUGUUAGUUUCUACUACAGAGAAAAAGAUUGUUUCAGAAUUUCUGCUUCAAGAUGAACUAUGUGAUAUAACAAAGGUGGCAGAAAAUCAAGUUGCUGUCACAUUUUAUAUGUCACCCGAGAUUCAUAUACUGCAAAUAAACAACAUGCACAACAGUGGAGCUAUUUCAUGGUCAGUUGUCAAAAAGAUGAAGAAUCAUUUGUGCAUGACUGAUCCCUGUGAAGUUGCAUACAGAGAUGAAAAGCUUUUUAUUUCUUCAGAAAGUGAAAUAACAGUUUUUGAUAUGAAUGGAAAUAAACUCAAGACCAUAUUUUUAAACAUACCAGGUAGUUUUCAUAUAUAUGACUAUCUAACAAUAAAAAAGAAUGCUGAAAGUUUACACAUUUUUUCACCAGUUGAUGGUAAUUAUUUAAAAGUUAUUCAUGUGACUUCCGGUGAACAGUACGAAACAUCUUACUCUCAUAAAGACCUUAAGGAUCCAGGUAGAAUGAUAGCUGAUGACAGAGGAAAUGUGUAUGUGUGUGGACAUAACCCUCACAAUAUACACAGGCUGUCUGGAAACCUAACUCAAGGAGAAGUUCUAUUGAAUGAGACUGAUGGAAUAGAAUCUCCCUGGACACUAGCUUAUAGCAAUGAGGAAAAUAAGUUGUUCGUAUUACAUUCAUCCAAUAUAUCAGUUUUCAAAAUUGUGUGA